AUGGUCGUCUCCCACUUCAUGAGCCACCCCAUCCGGCUCACAAUCUCCACCAUCAAGCUCGUCUGCACCUGGCACAUCAUCACCUCCCACGUCUUCCAGGUCUCGCCCGCCCAGGGCCCCUCCAUGCUCCCCACCUUCUCCGUCAAGGGCGACUGGGUCGCGGCGGACAUGACGCACGCCCGCAACCGCCGAGGGCAGCUCCGCGUCGGCGACCUCGUCCUCUACCGCAUCCCCGUCUCCGACAACGCCAACGGCAUCAAGCGCCUCGUCGGCCUCCCCGGCGAUUACGUCUCCAUGAACACGCCGGGGAGCCCUGGGGAGGAGAGGAUGAUACAGGUUCCAGAAGGACAUUGUUGGAUAGUAGGCGAUAACCUCACAGUAUCUCGAGACUCGAGAUCCUUUGGUCCUGUCCCUCUAGCUCUCAUUAAGGGCAAGGUUCUGGCAAAGGUUCUUCCGUGGGCAGAAAGAGGAUGGUUCCAUAAUCCCUUGGAGCCGAUCGAGGAUCUAGUUGACGAGUGA